AUGGCUCUCAGUGCCACUUCGAGGAGCUGCAUACGACUGACAGCUAGAUCCGUGAAUAUUCAACCUGUUCGUUUUCGUUGGAAGCCACCAAAAAUAGAAGACAAUGUAUUCCCUUCUCAUGCUGAACGAUUGGCAGAAUGGAAUGCCAGAUAUGUUGCUCCAGCAAGCCAAGGAAUAAAUAUAGGCUUUUACAACAAUCACAGUGAAAGUCGUUCUCAGAAACUGGAUAUGUUGAAGAAAUGGACUGUGAAACGGAAGCAGUUAGAACAAGCUGCACGUCACAAAACUUUGAAAAUUGAUCUGGACUUGAUGAAAAAGGACUGGAUGGCUGAAUCUAUGCCACUACAUGUUAAAAAAAUGGCCACACAUUACGGCUUAUUCAGCGACCUAUUUGAUGGAGCACACUUUCAUCCAAUUGUACCACUAAGUGUAUCAUUUGAUUAUGAUGAGGAGUUUAUUACACCAGUUUACUAUGGUAAUGUUAUACCUGCAGCAGAGACUGCAGUGAAACCAUUUGUGUCAUAUGAGUCAGCAGAAGACAAUCUGUGGACAUUGGUUAUGACAAGCCCAGAUGGUAACCUUGAAGAUCACAACAAAGAGCUCCUUCAUUGGCUUGUAGGCAACAUCCCUGGUGCUAACAUUGAAAGAGGGGUAACGGUGUGUGAUUAUCUUCAGCCAUUUCCACCUAAAGGAGUCGGAUAUUUAAGAUAUGCCUUUGUUCUCUACAAGCAAGAAAGAGAACUUGAUUUUAAUCAGUGGCAGAGGCCUGCAGGCUGCCUGUCGCUUAGGGAGCGUACAUUUAGCAACUUUGAAUUCUACCGCCAGAAUGAGGACAGUCUGACUCCAGCAGGGUUAUCAUUCUUUCAAAGCGAAUGGGACAAGACUGUCACUUCUGUUUUCCAUCAUGUUUUGGAUAUGAAGGAGCCGGCAUUUGAGUUCAUCCAUCCACCAUUUUACCAUCCUGAACAGCUGGAAUUUCCGCAUAGGGAGCCUUUUAAUGUUUACCUAGACAAAUACAGAGAUGUGAAGGACAUCCAAGAAGAAGUACUGAGAGAAAAACUGAAGCAUGUGGACAUCAGCAAGCCAGCUUCUCGUCAGCAAUACCCAUGUAUAGAUUUGCUACCUAAGGAAACACCUUCAUGGCUGAAGUCAAAAAUCCAGUUAAUGCGUCAAGGCAGAGAGCAGUGGAGAGAUCUGUUUGAAAAGCCAUAG